GGCUCGGUGGAGCUCGGCUCAUUGACAGCCCACCUCCCCCCUCAGGCUCAUCUCUGUCCUGUUUCUUCCCCCCUUCUCUCUGGCUCUCUCCUCCCUUGCUCUUCCUUCCCUGGCGGCGACGACUAGGCGAGCGGCGGCGCCAUCCGUCACGUCUUCGCCCAGCCCUUUUUGCCGGCGACGGGCAUCCACCAGGGCCUUGCCUGCAACCAGGAGACUUCAGGGGUUUCGCAACGAUGUCCUGGUGCACGAUUGAGUCUGACCCUGGUGUUUUCACCGAGUUGAUUCAGCAAAUGCAAGUGAAAGGUGUGCAGGUGGAAGAGCUUUACUCUCUCGAUGUGGACUCUCUUAGUGAACUGCGGCCAGUAUACGGGCUAAUUUUUCUCUUCAAGUGGAUACCUGGGGAAAAGGAUGAACGGCCUGUUGUCAGAGAUCCUAAUCCAAACCUUUUCUUUGCUCACCAAGUCAUCAAUAAUGCAUGUGCUACUCAAGCUAUUCUCUCAGUUCUCAUGAAUCGCCCAGAAAUUGACAUAGGUCCAGAACUAUCUCAACUAAAGGAAUUCACAGGAGCUUUUACACCUGAUCUGAAGGGCUUAGCUAUCAGCAACAGUGAAUCUAUUCGGAUAGCUCAUAACAGUUUUGCAAGGCCAGAGCCAUUCAUUUCUGAUGAGCAGAGAGCAGCAACCAAGGAUGAUGAUGUGUACCAUUUCAUAAGUUAUUUACCUUUUGAAGGUGUCCUCUAUGAGCUGGAUGGGCUGAAGGAAGGGCCUGUGAACCUUGGGCAGUGUGAUGGUUCUGAUGACCUUGAUUGGCUACGGAUGGUGCAGCCAGUUAUUCAAGAAAGGAUCGAGCGCUAUUCACAGAGUGAGAUUAGGUUCAAUCUCAUGGCAAUCAUAAAGAAUAGGAAAGAGGUGUACAGCGCCGAGCUGGAGGAACUGGAGAAGAGAAGGGAACAAAUUUUGCAGGAGAUGAACAAUACUUCCGCCACAGAAUCCUUGAACAACUCGCUUACAGAGGUGAUAUCAGCAAUUGAAACCGUGAGUGAGAAGAUCAUCAUGGAAGAAGAGAAGUUCAAGAAGUGGAAGACGGAGAACAUCCGGAGGAAGCACAACUACAUCCCGUUCCUGUUCAACCUGUUGAAGGUGCUCGCAGAGAAGCAGCAGCUAAAACCUCUGGUCGAGAAGGCCAAGCAGCAAAAGUCGUCAAGCGCUAGCACUAGAUGAUGGUGAAAUGUCAUAGGCCGGUAGAUUGAUGUAUCAGGUGCCUAGGGUUGAUUGCACCUUCGUCUCUGUGAGCGCGUUAUCUGAUAGUUGGCAGCUUAGAGAAAUCAUUGCUAAGGUUAUAGACCAUCUUGCUGGCUGUGGUGUGUUGUCAACUGCGCCAGUUUUGGUGAGCACGCACGUGGAAGCGGUCAAAUUUUUUGUUUAUUUUGUCAGGUUAAUUGUUUUCUUCUGGAUUAUAAAAUGUGUUGAAGGCUGUCGACCGUUUCGGAUAAUAUUUUUUGAGAUGACAGCUUGCUAAUCUUUAGUAGACUA